AAAUAAAGAUGGCUAUAGUCAUUAGGUAACUGCAGGCACAUGUGCAACAACUAACUUCUUUGCAGUAUCUAGCCAUGACCUUUACCUCCUUUAUUUCCAGUAACUCUUCCUUCCAUAACAAACAGAACAGCAGAUCUGUCAGUCACUGCCAUCAAAAAAUCAAUAUUUGUAGUUCAAUUCAGAUUAUGGUGAAGACCUUUACUCACAACGGAGUACAAACAUACAUACUAGUACAACCUCAAACAUGCAAUCCCACUGAAGCAACACAAAAACAUGUUUUUCACGAUGGAAUACGCCACCUGGCUAACAUUAUAUUGCAGAAUUUGAAGUGUCCUGCCUUCAGUGUUUCACCAUAUGUACAAAAACUCUUACACUGUAUUCAAAUCAAGCACCUAGGACCAAGACGUAGCUUUUAGUACUGAUAAUGACACCAGGAGCACUGUGGAUUUUUACCAUGUCUGGGAUAUGUAUAGUCAUUGAGAGCUCAGUUACAGCAGUUCAUCUGAGGAACAUGGAGCACUUCGUAACUGCUGUUACACACUUAGAAGAUUCAAACCCAGGACUAAGUUCACUGGCUUUAGUGACAAGUCUACGCAAAAUUGCAGACCAAAGUGAAAGUCUCACGCAUGACUUUGUGGGGUCAUCUGACAAUCAAGGUGAUAUUCACUAUGUAAACAACAGUUUUAUCAUAGGGCAGAUGAAUGUAAACCACAAACUCUCCAAUUUCCUGGACGAAGUCACUCAUCAUUUCAUAACAAGGGAUCAUGAUGAGAGGGGAGUUGUUUUGACUCCUGAUGGCAUGACGGUUGCCCUUGCUCCUCUCCUUUUAGGUCUUGAAUAUGGGCUACAGGCUAACGAAGACCGUAACCAGCCUCAUGGUUUCUACUUACUCCCACUUGCCAAGUACUUAGGCAUGUCCUUUCUGCAGUUUGGGAAUGCAACUCCACCUGAGCCACUUGGCCCGGAUGGUUGUUGGGACAGUGUAUCUGCUCCCAUGGUUUAUACUCUUUCAGGCGUGCCGUCCUUGGCCACCGAUGCUCUGGUUCAUGGUGGAAUGGAUGGAGCCGUACUUGGGAAACAUCUUUCUGUUGUUAACUGCUCCAAAGUCAAUUUAAGCACACUACUAAGGAGCUACUACUUAGGGACUAUGGAAGAGUUGGAUUAUGAUUUGAGUAAUCAUCUGAGAGGUCGCUAUCGGAGACAGAAUUUUAAAAAUAUCACACAUUUAUCACUGCUUCAAGAGAAAGUAGCAGAUGCGCUACAUAUGCAUCAACAAAAAGGAGACAUCAUUGUUGAGAGUCUUAUAGAAAAUGGAAUUAAAGAGUUUAUGCUACGUUAUGUGGAAUGUCCUGCCAUCAUUCCAAGAUGUAUGUGGGGAGCAGCACCACCCCUGGUUCCUCUCGACCCUCUGUCUCCACCCCUGCCAUUUCUAUAUAUUCACCACACAGCGAUUCCCAGCAAACCCUGUCUAAACCUGCAGAUGUGUUCCAAAAAUAUGAAGGCAAUGCAACAUUUCCACCAAAAGCAGCGGGGCUGGUACGACAUCGGUUACAGCUUUGUUGUUGGGUCUGAUGGCUACAUCUACGAAGGACGAGGUUGGAAGUCUGUAGGGGCUCAUACUAAAGGACGCAAUACUGUUGGGUAUGGUGUUGCUUUCAUCGGGGACUACACUGCUCAUUUACCUGCCCAACAUGACAUGGAGCUAGUGCACCAUCAUCUGGUCAAUUGCGGAGUGAGCAAAGGAUUUCUGAAGGAGAAUUUUACCAUUCUGGGUCAUAGACAAGUGGUAGCAGGCACAAAAUGUCCGGGGGAGUCUCUGUAUUCUGAGAUAACAACCUGGGAACACUACAAAGAAACGGAUCCUUUUAAGUAACAACGAGGACAUCUACUGUCACUGACAUGACAUGACUGAAGCCACAACAAUGAAACCCACUAAUUAGUAUGAAAAGUAUUUUUAAUUUUAAAUACACAUUUAGUUUUAAAUAUAAUUUAGAUGUUAGAAGGUUGGCAUUUAAAUGUUAUUAGCAUAAAAAGGCCAUUAGCAUUACUCAGUACAUUGGUUGGAAGUCUGUAUGAAACCUUGAAAUGUUACUGUACCGAAUGUAAGUGAGAAUUACGUGUGAAAAAAUAAACAAGGUGAUCUCUAAUCCUACAUGUUGAGUUUUGUGUGUGACAGUUUGAAGGAAAGAUUACUUUAGUCUUUACCACGACAGGAAGUGGUUUUCACAGAAGGCCCCAGAGUGAGACAGGAAGUGCUGCUGUUUUGACAGGAAAUUUAACCGUCACUGAACAAAACAAGCAGUUAUUUAGGUUAAACUGUCAACUCUGAUCAUAUUUAAAAAAACAACAACAAAAAUCUAAUCUUCAUCAUGUUAUGCUACAAUGAUCAUAAGAAUUUUUCCAGUCACAACCAUACCAGUUCAUUCAAACUCAAAUGUAAUGUUUGAGAACAAAACAUGACCAAAUUAAAUAUCAUGCUCUCUAGAUUUACCAUAAAUAGGAAUAAGGUAAAGAACA